AUGAGCCAUUCCAGCAGCAUCCGCGCCACCUCCUACCGCCGCACUUUCGGGCCGUCGCCCAUGCUGUCGCCGAUGCCCUACUCCUCGUCCCGUCUGGCCUCGGGCUCUUCCGCCACGCGGCUGCUGAGCAUGCCUUCCGCCGGAGUCUCCCUGCGCUCCUACCGCGGGAGCGGCGGCGGGGGCAGCGCCCUGUUCCUGCGCACCGGCGCGCCGGGGAUGGUGGCGCCCCCGCCGCAGCGCUACGCCUACAGCGCCGAGAAGCUGGACUUCUCGGUGGCCGAUGCCCUGAACCAGGAGUUCCUGGCCACCCGCAGCAACGAGAAGCAGGAGCUGCAGGAGCUCAACGACCGCUUCGCCAGCUUCAUCGAGAAGGUGCGCUACUUGGAGACGCAGAACGCCGCCCUGCUGACCGAGCUGGGCCAGUCCCGCGCCAAGGAGCCCACCCGCGCCUCCGACCUCUUCCAGGACGAGCUACGCGAGCUGCGCCGGCAGGUGGACUCGCUGGGCAAGGACCGCGACCGCCUCCAAGUCGACAGGGACAACCUGGCCGAGGACUUGGCCGCCCUCAAGCAGAGGCUGGAUGAGGAAAUGCACAAGCGAGAAGAUGCUGAAAACAACCUGGUUCUCUUUCGCAAGGAUGUGGACGAUGCCACCCUUUCACGCCUGGAACUGGAGCGCAAGAUCGAGUCUCUCAUGGAUGAAAUUGAAUUCCUCAAGAAAUUGCACGAGGAGGAGCUGAACGACAUGCAAGUGAGCAUCCACAGCCAGCAGCAGAUGCAAGUGGAGGUGGAGCAGGCUAAGCCGGAUCUGACUGCCGCCCUGAAAGAGAUCCGCACUCAGUAUGAAAGCAUUGCGGUCAAGAACCUGCAGGAGGCUGAGGAGUGGUACAAAUCCAAGUUUGCUGACCUGUCAGAUGCAGCCAAUCGGAAUCACGAGGCCCUUCGCCAGGCCAAACAGGAGAUGAACGAAUCUCGCCGUCAGAUCCAGACCCUGACCUGUGAGGUUGAUGGACUCAAAGGAACGAAUGAAGCCUUGCUGAGACAGAUGCGAGAUCUUGAGGACCAAUAUGGGGCUGAGGUGGGCUCCUACCAAGAGACAGUGGGGCGGCUGGAGCAGGAGAUCCAGCACAUGAAGGAAGAGAUGGCUCGGCACCUCCGGGAGUACCAGGACCUGCUGAAUGUCAAGAUGGCUCUUGAUAUUGAAAUUGCCACCUACCGCAAACUGUUGGAAGGAGAGGAAAGUAGGAUUGCAGUGCCUGUCCAAUCCAUGGCAUCUUUCAGCUUCAGACAUGCAGUUUCAGAGCCGGAUCCAAGUGUAGAGAGCCACACCCGGAAGACGGUGCUGAUCAAAACCAUUGAAACCCAGGAUGGAGAGGUGGUGACCGAAUCAAGGAAGGAGCAGAGAGCUGAGACAGAGAAGUGA